UCAUCAGUCUCCUGCCAGCAGCGAGGACAGACAGACAGCAUGAGCACAGCCGGAAAAGUAAUCAAGUGCAAAGCAGCUGUGCUAUGGGAGCCUCAUAAGCCCUUCUCCAUCGAGGACAUAGAAGUCGCGCCCCCCAAGGCCCAUGAAGUCCGCAUUAAGAUGGUGGCCACCGGGGUCUGCCGCUCAGACGAUCACGUGGUUAGUGGAAGCCUGGUUGUACCUCUUCCCGCAGUUUUGGGCCACGAGGGAGCUGGUAUUGUGGAGAGCGUUGGAGAAGGGGUGACUUCUGUGAAACCAGGUGAUAAAGUCAUCCCGCUCUUUUCUCCCCAGUGUGGAAAAUGCAGGAUUUGCAAGCACCCGGAACACAACCUUUGUAUGAAAAAUGAUUUGAUGAAGCCUCGGGGGACAAUGCUUGAUGGUACCAACAGGUUCACCUGCAGAGGGAAGGCAAUUCACAACUUCAUCAGCACCAGCACUUUCUCCCAGUACACUGUGGUAGAUGAGAUGGCAGUGGCUAAAAUCGAUGGGGCUUCACCACUGGAGAAAGUCUGUCUCAUCGGCUGUGGGUUCUCAACUGGUUACGGCUCUGCUGUCAAAGUCGCCAAGGUGACCCCAGGCUCCACCUGUGCUGUGUUCGGCCUCGGAGGUGUCGGUCUGUCUGUCAUCAUUGGCUGUAAAACGGCAGGAGCGGCCAGGAUCAUCGCUGUGGACAUCAACAAAGACAAGUUUGCAAAGGCCAAAGAAUUGGGUGCCACUGAGUGCAUCAACCCUCUAGACUAUAGCAAGCCCAUCCAGGAAGUACUCCAGGAAAUGACCGAUGGAGGGGUAGACUUUUCCUUUGAAGUAAUCGGUCGGCUUGACACCAUGACUUCUUCCUUGUUAAGCUGCCAUGCAGCAUGUGGUGUAAGUGUCAUUGUGGGGGUACCUCCUGAUGCCCAAAGCCUCUCAGUGAACCCCAUGUUGCUACUGAUGGGACGAACCUGGAAAGGAGCAAUAUUUGGUGGCUUUAAGAGCAAAGAUUCUGUCCCUAAACUUGUGACUGACUUUAUGGCUAAAAAGUUUCCACUGGAGCCAUUAAUUACCCAUGUUCUACCUUUUGAAAAAAUAAAUGAAGCAUUUGACCUGCUUCGUGCUGGGAAGAGUAUCCGUACUGUCCUGACCUUCUGAGACCAUAUCGAUGCCUUCCUACUCCUGACCCCACCACCGCACUGAAUCGCAGCACCAGCCAAAUCACAGCGUUAAUUUUGUUCCUUA